AGAAAUAAAGUACGUCACUAGCAUAGAUAAUGUUAUGUUAAUCAUUCAACUUCCUGUGGUUGUUUUACUUCUUUUGACGUACAAACUGAAAUUAUACUGAUUAGCAGCUCUGUUUUCUAAUCAAAUUUCGAUUAUGGCCCGCUUUUUUGCGGCCAUAGGGCUGCUAAACCUUGUUAUUUUUUCAACCAGCUUCUUGGCAGCCGAAGAAGAGGUUAUGACAAACAGCUGGCAUGUAAUUUUCAAGAGAGACGUUGAUCAUCAAACAGCCCAUGAUGUUGCUAACCGUAACGGGUUUCUUAUGAUCAUGCCAAUGUUGGGUUCUAAGAGGGAAUAUCACUUCAUGCACCCGCAAGUAAAAUCCAAUAGGAAGAAGAGAAGUAUCCGCCAUACUAAGAACCUAAAACUCGAUCCUUUAAUCGCUACGGCUGUUCAACAAGCUGGUUACAAAAGAUCUAAAAGAGGUUUUAAACCUCUUAAAUCUUUGUUGGACGAAGAAAAGCCAAUAGAGAGCAUCAAUGCCUUUCCACCGAAAAAAGGCUCUAAUGAAGAAGAUCCCUUAUUUGAUAAGGAAUGGUAUAUAAAAAACACUGGACAAGCAGGAGGAGUUCCUGGUUUGGAUUUAAAUGCUGAAGCUGCAUGGGCUAAAGGCUAUACCGGCAAAAACAUUACCACUGCUAUAAUGGAUGAUGGUGUUGAUUAUAUGCAUCCUGAUCUCUUCGAUAAUUUCAAUGCAGAAGCUUCCUUCGACUUCAGUUCUAACGAUAACUUCCCAUAUCCGCGUUACACAGACGACUGGUUCAAUUCUCACGGAACGAGGUGUGCCGGAGAAAUUGCUGCAAAGAGAAAUAAUGGUAUUUGUGGUGUUGGUGUAGCUUAUAAUAGUAAAAUUGCUGGUCUGAGGAUGCUUGAUCAACCUUACAUGACAGAUUUAAUCGAAGCUAGCUCAAUGAGCCACAGACCAGACUUGAUUGAUAUUUACAGCGCAAGUUGGGGUCCAACUGAUGAUGGAAAAACGGUUGAUGGACCUAGAAACGCCACAAUGCGUGCCAUAGUAAAGGGAGUAAAUGAGGGUAGAAAUGGAUUAGGUUCAAUUUACGUUUGGGCUAGUGGUGAUGGUGGACCUUCCGAUGAUUGUAACUGUGAUGGUUAUGCCGCUUCAAUGUGGACCAUUUCAAUAAACAGUGCAACAAACGAUGGUAGAACCGCUAGUUACGACGAAAGCUGUAGCUCUACAUUGGCAUCUACCUUUUCCAACGGUAAACCAGGCUACAAGGACGCUGGAGUAGCUACCACUGAUUUGUAUGGAAAAUGUACCACCAAGCAUUCAGGUACAUCUGCUGCCGCACCAGAAGCUGCAGGAGUUUUUGCUUUAGCCUUGGAAGCUAACAGGAAAUUGACUUGGAGAGAUGUUCAACACCUUACUGUCCUUACAUCAAAGAGAAACCACUUAGAAGAUCCCACCGCACACCAUCAAUGGACAAUGAACGGUGCUGGUCUUGAAUUUAAUCAUCUUUUUGGCUAUGGAGUUUUAGAUGCUGGAGAUAUGGUUGAUUUGGCUAAAGAUUGGAAAACUGUCCCCGAAAGAUUUCAUUGUACAGCUGGUACCGUUAAAGGUGUAUACAAGUUUGAUUCCAAGAACGCAUUGAAACUACAAAUAGACACGGAUGGUUGCAGGGGUAAAAAGAAUCAGGUAAACUACUUGGAACAUGUUCAAAGCUUUAUCACUUUGAAUUCAACAAGAAGAGGCGAUGUAACCAUUUAUCUGACAUCUCCCAUGAAUACAACCUCGUUGAUUUUAAGUAGGAGACCAAAUGACGAUGAUAAUAAGGAUGGAUUUAAUAAAUGGCCAUUUAUGACUACUCAUUCCUGGGCCGAGAAUCCUAGAGGAAAAUGGAUAUUGUUUGUCACAUUCAGCUCAGAGUCGGAGGAAUUCCAAUCUGGAAACCUAUUCGAAUGGACUCUUAUGCUCCACGGUACCCAGAAAUCUCCAUACACGAGCCAAACUUCUCCAUUGAUUCAUAAUACUAAAUCGAAACUGGCUCUUGUUAAACGCCAACACGAGCGAGCAGCCGAAUUCCAGUUCUAAAUCUGAAUAAAUACAAAAAAAAUUAGCUUGCAGAUUAAUAACGAACUUGAAAACUAUAAAAAUUAUUCGUUCUUUCGUCCUUCCCUAGCCUUUUUAACGAAAUAUUUUUUUUUUGUUUGGCCGGGUUUAUGUGCAAACCUUAAGAAAAAAGGUCAAGGUUAGCAACCUCGAUUACUUUUUCGAUUGAUGUUGUGUUCAGGCAUUCUGAAUUCGAAAAAGAAUUUAUAUACAAGCAUUGCCUGCGUAAAAUAAAACUUUAUUGUUAAAUAAAGUGUAUCGGUGUGCGUGUACGUAAUAAACUUGUCUGUAUUGUUUUUUUUUUAAGAUUUAUAGGCAAGUGACGCCAUCUAUUAUCCGUCGAACGUUAACAGUUUGUUUCUUUCCAUAACCUCCCCUGCUCUUUCCCCUAUUUCCAAUAUUUUUUGUUCCACCUCGGUCGCUCCCUCUGCCCCUCUCUUCUUCGCUCUCACUUUCAAAACUAACAGAAGAUUAGGAAGUGCUGCAUAUAUUUAUUUCUUAGCAAGCCCGAAGCAAAAUUAUUUUUCCCACUACUCUCCGGAGGAGAAAAAGGUUUAAUCAACUCCUCUUUGUUUUUGGUUAACUUUAAAAAAGUCAAGGCUAUUAGUUCCUAUUAAUAUUUAAGAACAUAAAGAGCCAAUAUAGAGUAGGGACGAUGUAAAAGGAAAUACCACCAUUUCGGCUCUACGCAAGGAUAAAAUAGUUAAAUAAAGAAGACUAUUGAAAUUUGCGUUUAAUGAAUAAUUCCCUUUUCGACUUUAAAUCUAAAAGAAUAUUGUAGAAAGUUAGAGAACAUUAGCUUCUUCUUUUUUACAGUAGUAGCCUUUGUACAUUCCCAACAAAGCAAACUGAAUAUUUCCUAAUUGAUAAAAGGAAUAAUCAUAAUAAUAUAGAUUCAUGAAUAAAUCGUCAAGUACCCUUUCAAAGAUAUCAGAAGAGGAAGAGAAAAGAUAAUUAUGUAGCAAGUCUUCUAACGUCAAAAUUUGACGUGAAUUGCCUCGUCGAAAUGAUCAACUGUUUGAUUUCUAUCAUCUGAAUUUCUCCACAAUUCGAAUGAUUCAAUUAUGGAAACUAUAUAGAAAAGAAGGACAAUUUUAAAAGAAUAAGAAUUUUUUUCCCAAGUACUAUCUUAUUAAAUGUAAAUAAAAUAUAUUCUUU